AUGAAAAGUAACUUAUUUACGUAUGAAAAUAUUUUUAAGAAUAAAAAUAUAAAUAUAAUUGAUAAAAUUAAAGAAAAAAGGAAAAGCACACAGGACUUCAAUAAUGUAUCCAUAAAAGAAAAGGAGAAUGAUAAUUGCCAUGUAAAUAACAAGGAUAUACAAAUUGAGACAAGUAACCAAAAAGAGAAUGAAGAAAAUAUACAUAUGAAUAAAAAUAAUAUUAAUAAUGAGGAUAUUUGUAAAAAUGAUAAAAAUGUAGAUAUUUGUCAGUCUUUAUUAGGUGAGGAUAAUUUGGAAUAUACAGAUAAUAAUACAAAUGGAUUUAAUAAUAUAUCAGAAGAUAAUUUUCAUAAUUUUAAAUUAAAAAAAAAAAAAAAUGACAUAUCUUCUCUUUUUGAUGAUAAUAUAUAUGAUAAAGAUAUAGCUUAUAAUGAAAAGAAUGACAAGAAUGAAAUGGUUGAAAAGGAUGAAAUGGUUGAAAAGGAAGAAAAGGAUGAAAAGGAUGAUAAACGUUUUGAUAAACCUUUUGAUAAACAUUCAUUUUUCUUAUCACCUUCUGUGGUUAUCGAACCACAAGAAGAAUUUUCUUCCUACAUAAAUAGCAUAAAUAAUAAUAAAAUGAGCAACAACAAUAGCAAUAAUAAUGAUGAUGAUAUAAACAACACUUGUAGUAAUAAUAGGAAUCAUAUUUUUUGUGAUGAGGUGCAAAAUUUUAAUGUAAUAGAUCAAAGAGAAAAUAAAAGUAAUGAAAAUUUCCAUAUAAAUAAAAAGGAGAAUGUAGAAAAUCAUUUUAAUAAUGAUUAUAAAAAAGAUUUUUUAGUAGAUCAGAAUUAUAAUGAUGAAUAUCAUAAUGAGGAUAUAAAUAAAUAUAUGAAUAAUAAUGAAGAAGAAAAAUUAAUUAUUGAUAAAGAAAAACAAAAUGAUGGAGACAGUUAUCAUCAUGGUAAUAAUAUAAAAAUUUGUGAACAAUUAAAUAAGGACCCUUUAAUAAUUUAUUCUCAUAAGACAUAUUUGCAUGAUUAUAAUUUGAAUGAUACAAGUAGUGAACAUAUAAAUAUUGAAAAUUUAUUAAAUGAUAAAAGUGAAGAACAAGAACAAAAUAAAAGUGAUAAUAAUCAAAAGGAUUAUGAUAAAAUUACUGAAAGGAUAAGUUUAAAUAAUAAUAUGGAUAACAAUUUUUUUUUAUGUAAUAACAAAAAUGAAAGAAAAGAUUGUGAAUACAAUGAAAAGGAAAAAGAGCAAAUGAAACUGAAUAAUCACAAUUUUCAUAAUAUUCAUAAUAAUAAGUGUGAUUAUGAUGAUAUGAACAUGUAUCAUAAAGGUGAUAAUUUACAUAUGAAUGUAACUACCAUAAGAGAUAAUAAUAACAAUCAUGAUAUUAAUCAUAAAAAUGAUGAUAUAAACAUACAAGAUGUUAAUAAAAAUAUGCAUGUUAGUUUUUGUUUUGGUAAUAAUGGAACUUUUUUUUAUAGUAAAAAUUCAAAGAUUAAGUAUCAAUAUUUAAUUAACAUAAUAGAGAUAAAUAUGAACAAAAAAAGAAAGAAGCACAUAAAUAAUGAAAAGAAGAAUGAUGAAAAUAAUAUUAAUAUUAAUGGUAAUACUAAUAGUAAUAAUAAUAGUAAUAACAAUAUUGAUAGUAAUGAUAUAUACCAAUGUCAUAAUAAUAAUAUGGAGAAAUUCAUUUAUUGCAUAAAAAACUUCCCAGGGCCAUUCAGUAGAAAAAAUAAUAAAGUAGACCAUAAAAUAGAAGAAUUUUUAAAAGGAUAUAUAAAUAUUAAUAAAUCAAGAACAACAAAUGAUAAUAUUUUUGAAGAUAUUCAAAAGAAUUGUUUAUAUAAUUAUUUAUUAAAUAUUUUGAAAAAACCAUAUUUAACUAAUUUUAAUUUAAAAGAAAUUUCAAUUGAAAAAAAAAAUGAUACAAAUAAAAAUAAUAAUAAUAAAGGAAAUAAUAUUAUUUCGUAUUUUUUAGAUAAUUAUCAAGACAAAAAAGAUAUAAAAGAUAAUUUAUAUUCAUCUGAUUAUUUUAAUGAUGAUGAUGAUGAAGACGCAGAUGGAGAUAGUUUAUCCAAUAAUGAAAUGGACGAAUUUGAUAUAAAUGAAUAUGUUCAAAAUGAUUCUAAUAAAAUAAAAAAAUAUGAUGAAACAAAAAAAAAUAACAAUCAUAUAAAUAUGUUUAACCAUACAAAUAAUAAUAGUAAUAAUAUUAUAAUGAAUAAUAAUUUAUAUAAUGGUAACAUGAAAUAUAUGUUUCAAAUGAACAAUAAUGUUGAUAAGACAGAAAAAAAUGUAUUAAAUAAAGAGGAGAAAAAAUGCUACACUGAUAUUUAUGAAAAUAAUAAAAAUAUAAAUGAUAUAUGUAUAAAUAAUAAUACUUAUCUUUUUUUUGAUUUUAUAAAUAAAGAAUUUAUUAUGGAAUUAUAUAAACGAGAAAAUAAAAAUGAACGUAUUACUCAUGAUGAUAUUUAUUUAUUAUAUUUUCAUAUGUGUAUAUAUAAUAGUAAGAAAGCUACAAACAUUUGUAUCAAAAAAGAAUUAUAUAAAUAUUUCUUUUUGGUUUUAAGAAAAUAUAAUAAAAAGAAAUAUUAUAAAAUGUUAGAUAAAUAUAUUAGUUAUAUCAAGAGAUCAAUUAAUAAUGAAUUAGAAAUGAAAAAUGAUAUGAAAAAUAUAUACAAAAUAUAUAAUUAUAAUAUAUAUGAUGAAAUAUGUACUGAAGCAUUUGUAUUCUUUUUAUGUAUAUUGAAUAAAAAAAAUAUGGUUUUUAAAAAAGAUAUAUUAGUUAAUUAUUGGUAUGUAUUUUAUACAUUAAUUUUUCAUAAUUUUAUAUUUCAAUAUAAGGAAAAUGAAAUUCAGUUUGAAGAUUAUAAAGAGGAUAUAAUUAAUUUUUUUAUAUAUCUAAUACAUUUAUUAUAUGAGAAAAAAAAAAAUGCAGAAGCACAAUUUUUACUUUUGUUAAUAUCAAACAAUCCUUUUGUGUUUGCCUUUUCACCUUGUAAAAAAAAUGAUGAUAAUAAUUUAGAGGACAUUAAUAAUAUUCAUAGUGCUAAAUAUUGUAGUAAUAAAAUUUAUAGUGAUCAUAUUGAUGGUAAUAAUAAAAAUAUUAAUAUUAACAAUAUUAAUAAUAUUAAUAGUAUUAAUAAUAUUAAUAAGAAUAAUAAUCAUAAUAAUAAUUACCAUCAUAGUAACAAUUUUUAUAACCAUUCAAACAUAGAAGAAUCCAAUGGUGUUGGUUAUUAUGGAUUGUUGAACUCUCAUUUUGAUAUUAUGUGCUUUCAAGUUAGUGAUAUAUAUGAAUAUAUGUGUAGAUAUGAAAAAGAUGAUUUUUUUUUUGAGCAGCUUAUUUUUUAUAAAAUUAUAUAUGCAUACAUUUUAUUAGAAUAUGGUAUUCUUUCACAAGCACAACGAUAUGUAGAAAUAUUAUAUUAUUACAUUGAUGUAAUAAAAAAUGACAGAAAAAAAAAUUCGUAUUUAUUAUAUUUAUAUGAUACCUUAUUAGAUAGAACAAAAUAUAUAUUUACAACAACAAAUAAAGAUAUCUUAUCAUUACAAAGAAAGUCUUAUAUCCCCAGUGAUGAAAUUAUAUAUACUUAUAAGUUUAUAUCUAAUUCUGGUAUCACUACAACAAUACCAAGAGAUAAUAUGCCCGAUCAUUUUAUGCAUAAUAAUUAUAGUAAUAAUAUGAAAGGAUAUGUAAAUUAUAAUAAUAUGAAUGAUACUAAUGUUAAUUAUAUAAAUGGAUAUACAACUAUCAAUACUGACGUAAGUGCAUUUAAUAAUUCCCCUAUACAUAAUAGAAAUAAAACUAUACAUUUACAAACACAAGAAAAUAUAAAUGAAUAUUAUAAUGUAAAAACAAAUAGAACAGUAACAGAUUAUUUAGGAAAAAAAAAUGUUUAUUCCAACAUAAAAGAAGAGGGACAUCAAAACUCAAUGUUUGAUGGAUUUAAAAAUAAUUAUAAUAAUCAAUCUUAUAAUGAAAAUGAGAAUAUUCAAUCAUGUGAUAUGUUAAAUGGUGAUAGUACUACAAAUAUGAAUGUGGAUAGUUCCAAUGUUCAUGUGCAAAAUGGAUCUGCAAGUGUUCAUCAAACGAUUAAUAAUAAUAUAUACCACAAUAAUAAUAAUAAUAAUAAUAUUAAUAUGUAUCAUAAUAAUAAUAAUAAUAAUAUGUAUUAUCAUAAUAAUAUGUAUCAUCACCAUAAUAAUAAUAAAAAUUAUGCUUAUGAACAUGCUUCUUCCAAUGUAAACCCUUCCUCAUAUUUUGCCUCAGAACAAAAUGAGGCACCUUACAAUUUUACAAUUGACAAUAAUAAUAAUAAUAAUAAUAAUAAUAUAGGAAGAAAUUAUAACCACUCAAGUGUAAAUAGUAAUACGCAUCAUCAUAUGUAUAAUGAUAUAAAUAAACAUGUUAGUACACAUGAGAAAAGUAUUGAAGGUACAUAUAAUUAUAAUGUUCAUAAUAAUAAUAAUAAUAUAACAUCUGUGUAUUCUCAAAACUUUUCAAAUGUUGUAGAACAAAAUAAUAAUGUUAAAGACACGUUCAAAGUUCAAAAUGAAAAUGGAACCAUGCAUGGUCCAUUAAAUGCUCAUAUAAAUACGCAUAAUUCUUUAUAUGGUAAUACAAAAAAUAUAGAAGAAAAUGUUACCAACAAUAUAAAAGAAAAAGAUGACAAUAUGAAUGUAAGGAAUAAUAAUAUGAAGAUUAAUAAUAUAAAUCUCCAAAAUUGUAGUGAUAAUAAUUUAUCAUCAUCACAAGAACAGCAACAAUCGGCAAAUGAAAAUAAUAUGGAUCUUAUAAAUAUGGGCAAAAGUUUUAUUUCGGGUUUCUUUUCAAAUAUAAAGGAAAAAAUUAAAAAAACUGAAUAUAUGCAGGAAGAAGAAGAAGAAGAAAAUAUUUUCUAUUAUGAUUAUGAAAAAAAACGUUGGAGAGAAAAAGGUGUAACUUCUGAUGAAGAAAAGGAAAGAGAAAAGCAAAAAUUAGAAAAACAAAUGGCUAUGAAAAAUAUAUCCCCACCACCUACUGGUCUAAAUUAUUCAUCAGAAAGAAAUAAAAACCCUUUAAAUAUGACUGAUGUUCGUAGUAGAUAUGUUGAUUAUUUUAAUUAA